AUGUCAGCAUUCAUCGAUAACGUUGUAGAAAUUAAAUAUUUGGAUGAGAUAAAUUUUCACUUCUCAGAUACUGUCAAAGAAAAACUUAGAACUAAACUCAUAGUGCUUGUCAUAAUGAAAAAUUAUCUAAAACUUACGAAAGUUCGUGAUCGUCAUCGUCAGUUUCACGUACUAUUUUAUUUCGGGGGUCCAUGCAUCGAACUGAAUUUGUAG